CAAGUAAGUGACAGCGACAUAGGCAUUUACUUUCGCUAAAGUUUUCUCCUUCGGUAAUUGUGUGGAAACACGCACCGUGUGUGUUUUGCAAAAUGUCAUUCUGUUCUUUUAGAGGAGGCGAGAUUUUUAAAGACCACUUCGAACCCGGUAUCUAUGUGUGUUCCAAAUGCGGACACCAGCUGUUCUCCAGCAGGUCCAAAUUUGAGCACUCCACCCCGUGGCCAGCCUUUUCGGAGACGAUUCAGGAGGACAGUGUGUCUAAACAGCAGGAGAAAUGGGGAGCUUACAAGGUGUCCUGUGGGAAGUGUGGGAAUGGCCUGGGCCAUGAGUUCCUGAAUGACGGGCCAAAGAGGGGACUCUCUCGCUUCUGAAUAUUCAGUAGCUCGCUCAAGUUUGUCCCCAAAGAUAAAGUGGACGGACAGUAGAGCGAGAGGGUCUUUCCGGAAUCACGAAGGCAGCAUAGGGGUGUGUCAAGAAUAGUGAUACUCUGUUCUGUGGAAGGUGUGGACAGUUCAUGAAGUGAGCUGGAGAAAGCCCCCUGAUGGGACGCCCAGUGCACAGAUGGUGGAAAUAGUCCCCUUUGAGAGCAGGGCCUCUAUUUAAAGUGUUCAGUUUCACCACACACACACACACACACACACACACACACACACACA